GCUGGCUUUGUCUAGCCCGUGCGUGCGUGUUUAGCGGGAGGCCCGGGUGCUGUGGCUCUGUCAGAGAGCAGCCGCCGGCCCCGUGGAGCAGUGAUGGUGAAUUAGCCGCACGCUCUCACCCCUGAGUGCUGCUGUCAUGAGUCUUGGACCACUUGCCCAGUUCUCCAUUGACCUUCAUAGCCCUCGGGAUGCUGGCCAAAGCCAGGGGGCCAAGACAACAGAGCCAAGAGGCAUGGGAAGGACUCAGACCUCAGCAGGACGUGAUUCUUCCAACACGUCCCUGGAAAACCUUUGCCCCAUCAAGAGAUGCCUCCUGCUGCUUGGGGCCAUCGGGCUGCUGGCAGGGGCAGCCAUUGGGAUGUGGCUUCUAGUGAAAUUCCUGACAGCGCCCCUGUCGGACCAGGAUUCCAGCCCCCUGCAGGACACAGAGUUGAUCCCGAUCUGCAGAGACGCCGGGGAAGACGAGCCCAUUGUCACCACGGCUCCCAGGAGAGUAUCUUUCAGAAUAAACACGGGAAACUUCUUGUUGGAAGUGCAGGUGGAAGGCAGGCCCGGCUGGCUCCUGGCAUGUCACGAGCGGUGGAAUCUCUUCCUGGGGACUCUGAUCUGUAGGCAGCUGGGAUAUCUCCAACUCGCCCAUCACAAAGGAGUGAACCUGACAGAUGUCAAGGUGAACGAUACGCAAGAGUUUGUUCAGAUUGUGCUCAACCAGAAGAGCAGCAUUGAAGACAUGUGGCAGGUCAGGAGCAGCUGUGCUUCAGGGCGAAUUGUGGCUCUGAAAUGCUCCGAGUGUGGCAUGCGCUCCAGGGCGGCCCGGAUCGUGGGCGGAAGCGAGGCCCCGUUGGGACGCUGGCCGUGGCAGGUCAGCCUAUACCUCAACUCCAAACACGUCUGUGGAGGCUCCGUGGUGGCGCGCGACUGGAUCGUCACGGCCGCUCACUGCGUGCACAAUUACAGGCAGCCUCAGGUCUCCAGCUGGCUGGUCUUUGCCGGGAUGAUCGCUCACGUGUCAGUCCAACAGCAGGCUGGGGCGGCGGUGGAGAAAAUCAUCUACCACCCCCGCUAUGACGACAGGAGUCACGACUAUGACAUCGCACUGAUGAAACUCACAGCGCCCUUGAACUUCUCCGAUACCGUCCGUGCAGUGUGUUUACCGCUGUACCGUCAGGAUUUCCCCCACGGCACCCACUGCUGGAUCUCCGGCUGGGGCUACACCAGACCUGAACACGUUCAUAUUGCUGAGAUGCUGAAGGAAGCUAUUGUUCCCUUAAUCAGCACCAAGAAAUGCAACAGCUCCUGCAUGUACUCUGGUGAGCUCACCCCCAGGAUGCUGUGUGCUGGCUACCUGGACGGGAAAGUAGAUGCCUGCCAGGGAGACAGCGGGGGGCCGCUGGUUUGUCAAGAUGAACUCACCUGGCGCUUAGUGGGCAUUGUGAGCUGGGGCACGGGGUGUGCUGAACCCAACUACCCUGGGGUUUACACCAAGGUGGCUGAAUUCCUGGACUGGAUUUAUCAUAUCAUCGAGAGCCACUAGGAACAAAGCAAGGGACAGGCUUAAGGAGCAGAGCCAUCCCCAGGGUGACAUGCCAAGCAAAGAAAAGUCCAGAACAAGUUUAUCCCCACUAUGGAGCUUUAUCCCCGUUAAUAUGUAGUUACAGUGGAUCAGCAUCAACUGAAAAGAUGGAGGGAGCUGUAAAACCUGCCUGUUGCCAAGGCCUGUAAGGAGGCAUCUCCAGCAGCCCGGGUGUGUUUUCUGGUGUAGAAUGAGGGGCAGUGUCCCUGCUUUUGCCUGUUGCAGCUAAUCCAUAUUAAACAAUUAAUGUUUGGACAAAGACUGCUACAGUCCUCCUGCUCUAGUGCAAUGGUUUGGCCCCAUGCUUGGGCUGUGUGUAAUGGGGUUCUAAUCUCCCCUCGGCCUCCGUUAAGAAGGACUUUGGACAGAUAUCAAAUGUAAUCUGCGCCCUGUCUGCGCCCUGAGCUAUGUGGUGCUUCAUGUCUCUUGCCUGUGGAAGUUGUUCCACUUUAAUUAAAUGCUGCUUAGGUCAGCACUUUCUUCAGACCCCUUCAAUAGCCCAAUAGUUAGCCUAUUGGCUUCGCCUGUGAGAGAUGUGGGUUCAAAUCUGCCCUGGUGCCUUUAUACUCACCGUUCUGGAAUAGCGCUGGGCUUACUCUACUCUUGCCUGUUGAAGCUGUUCCACUUUAGUUAAAUGGGCUCUGGG